AUGAAUCGGCUGCCGUCAAUUCUGUUCUGCUUUGUAGGUCUGUUUACGGGAUCUGCCGUUAAGCGAGCUAAACUUCUUAAAGGCACUUCAUACGAGUCCCACCCGCUUGACACGGUUAGCGCCCUCUGGUUUCACGUACCGAAUCUUUCGAUUUACAGAGCGCCUGACAUGAGAUUUGUAAAAAUGGCUUACUUGGCCAACUGCUUCAAAUUGGACUUGAGUUGGCCUCGUUCGCUGCCGAUGCUGGAGGGUGGUUGCGGUGGCUUGGCGGGCAGAUAA